CAUUUUCCUGCAUGCUGCUGAGGAGCGACUGUCGCAGAGUUGUUGACGGAAAACUGACGGGACCAGCAGGAAAAGUCAGGAACCAUCUUCGCUAACCGUGCAGGUUUUUUGGGGGGCUUGGCGAUGGGGGACAUGAAGACCCCUGAUUUUGACGACUUGCUAGCGGCUUUCGACAUCCCCGACAUCGACGCACAAGAGGCCAUCCAGUCUAACCCCGGCGAGCAGCGGGAUGCAGGGGCCACCAACGCAGCUGCGGGCAGCAAGAGCGGGACUUCCUCCUGCUUCCCCAGCUCCGAGCCGCCUGUGGUCAGCGUCAUCGUGAAGAACACGGUCCGCUCCGAGUCCCUGGAGGAGGUGGAGGAAAGGUCUGCCAGGGAUAAAGCUGACAGUCCUCCAAGCAGUGCCUUAGCCUCGCAGGUUCCUGUCAAGCUAGAGGAUUUCACUUCAGAGCUGGAGCCCAAGAUGCCUGCCAGCGCUGCCAUGGAGCCUCAGAUUACCAAUGGCUUCCAGGAAGCCAUCGGUCAAGCCGGCGAGCAGGUGGAGGCCAGCAAUCAACCGUGGUCUGAGCCUCCUGCCUUCAGCGCCACGCUGAGCGACGACGAGAGCGACGAAGGAGCCAGACCCACAGCCGAUGUCAUCAACAGCCUGUCGCCCCUUCUGUACCCAGAGUCUUCAGCGGCAGCCGGCACCCACCCGCCUCGUUCCCCACCAACUCUCAUCCCCCGCUCUCCUCCGGCGAAUAAACCCUCUGAUCCUUCGUCGCCUCCUUUGCAUCAAAACGGAGGCGUGACGGAUGAAAGCAAAUGUGCGGCGGCGGACUCUGGGGGAGAUGAGUCCGACCCGGACUUUGGGAGCCCGCUGGUGAUCCAGGAGAGCCCAGAGUCUCCGGUGUUCUCCCCUCCCAAACGCAAGCGGCGAGAGAAAUUACACCCCGACUUUCCUCAGAUGUACGAAAGCGCGUCUUCUCCUUUUCCUCAGCCUCCGAGUCUCUCCGCAAAGCCCAAGUCCCCCAAGGAGGAAGCUGCAGAGCCUUUCAGAGGCGGCUCUCCCCCCACAGCUCCACAACCUCACAUCCUCUCUGGCGUCGGCACAAACCCGGCGGCACUCAAAGAGGAGAAGUACCAAGAGCAUGUGAUAGACGAGAGAGACUCGCCCGAGAGUCCGCCGCCCAGUGAGACGGGCCUCCUGUACAACAGGAGGAGCAGCCCUGAUUUGGGUUCGGCUCAGGAGAAACUCCCACAAAACGAGCGGCCGGCUGAAGCCGAGCGCAGAGAGGCGGACAAAUGUGAGGAAGAUCUGGGUGAAAGGAUGACGGCGGACGGAGGAAAGUCAAAGGAGAAUUGCCACGCCGGCAGCGAGCCCGCGGAGACGCCGUCUCCGCCGAGACCGCUCAAGGUGAAGAUCAAGAUGCCGACCGGCAGCAUCACCAGGACCGUCACUAACCUGGCUCCUAAAAAAGCCACAAAAGGCUCCGCAAGAGACGCGGAGAGCUCCAAGCCGUCCCCAGAAAGCCAAGCGGCAAGAUCCAAAAAGAAGCCGCCGCCGGAGCCGCCCGCAGCAGCAGCAACACGGGAAGGCGCCGCCGCCGGUGCAGCGAAGGAAAAGAAGCAGAAAGUGUCGCCGACGGCGGUGAGCAUCACCAAAGCCGCCACGCUGCCGUCGGUCUCGUCCUCCGCCUCCAGGGCCAACCCGGGAGCCAUCAACCUCCGCAGCCUCGGCAAGAAAACGCUCAACAGCGGCGUCGCCCUGCCGGGCCCCCUGGCCCCUCAGACCAGCAGCAGGCCGGCGUCCAUCGUCAACAGCACCGGGGCCAUCAUCUCCAAGAGCCAGACCAACCUGGUGGAGGCCUUCAACAAAAUCCUCAACAACAAGAACCUCCUCCCCAGCUACAAGCCCGACCUGAGCUCGCCCGUCCCGGCGGAGUGGGGCAUCUCCCUUCCUGCACAGGGUUACCGCUGUCUGGAGUGCGGCGACGCCUUCGCCCUGGAGCAGAGCUUGGCGCAGCACUACGACAGGCGCUCGCUCAGGAUCGAGGUGACGUGCAACCACUGCUCCAAGCGGCUGGCCUUCUUCAACAAGUGCAGCUUGCUGCUGCACGCCCGAGAGCACAAGGAGAAGGGCCUGAUCAUGCAGUGCUCGCACCUGGUCAUGAAGCCCGUGCCUGUGGAGCAGAUGAUCAGCCAGCCUGAACCGCCGCCGGCGGUGGCGGCGGCAGGAGGGGGCCAGGUCACUGCGAAGCCGUCUCAACAUGCUGCACCUUCCAAGAAAGAAACGGAGAUGCUGCAGUACAGCAACAAUAAAUGCUCCGAGUGUCAGACUCAGUUUGGCAGCAAAGAGGAGGUUUCUGACCAUUUUCAGGAGAUCAAGUCAGCUAAAAGCACCUCCUGCACAGAGUGCUCUCCUCCCAUGCUCCUGCCCAACAGCUGCAGCGCCGCAGCCCACCAGCGGCUCCACCAAAGCUCCCCGCCGCACAUCUGCCCGGAGUGCGGGGGCGCCGCCAAGCAGCAGCUGCUCCAGAAACACCUGCAGGACACCUGCUUGCACUUUUCCCGCCGCAUCGGCUACAGGUGUUCCAGUUGUCUGGUGGUGUUUGGCGGGCUGAACUCGGUCAAGUCCCACAUCCAGCAGGCUCAUUGCGACAUGUUCCACAAGUGCCCCUGCUGCCCCAUGGCCUUCAAAUCUGCCCCCAGCACCCAGAACCACAUCUCAACGCAACAUUCAGACCUCGCCGACGCAAAGGCCAUGCUGAUUUAUAAAUGCGUCAUGUGCGACACGGUUUACACUCACAAGCCGCUGCUGUACGCCCACUUUGACACCCACUUGACCAACCAGAAGGUGCACGUGUUCAAAUGCCCCGAGUGCACCAAGCUGUUUUCCCAGAGGAGCUCCCUGCUGGAUCAUUUCAAGACCCACAAGGCUCCCGCGUUAAAAGAAGAGCUGCCUUCCCCCCCGGCCGCUGGCGCACAUUUACCCGGGAAAACGGAGAGCUCAGAGGAACGGAUGGAAAAGGAGAAAGUCAAGACGGAGAGGAUGAAGGCGCCCUCGGCGUGGAAAUGUCGCUCAUGCAACACUCACUUUACAGAGCGGGAGGAAUACAUCGCUCACAUGGGCGAGCAGCACGACAAGUUCUUGAAGAAGUUUCCCUGCAACAAAUGCGAGAGCUCCUUCACCACCACGUCCAGCAUGAGGCGCCACAUCAGAGACAAGCACAAAGUCCUGACCCGCGGCUUCCGCUGCCAAUAUUGUUCUGAGAGCAAGAAAGCCUUCAGCAGCAGGUCCAUGCUGGACAGGCACAUCCAGAUGAGACACAGCAUGAGCAGCCUGGGUCAGGACUCGCUCCUGGGAGCCGAUGAAGCGGAGAGCUCCUCAGAACCGGAGAGCAGUUCGGUGUCCCGCCGGAGACGUCGGGCGACCGCCAAGUCGGACCAGGACGCGGAGGCAGCGGACACAACGAGUCCAGUAAAGAGGCUCCGCUCGUCCUCCUCGGCCCCUUACACCCAGCCGGAGUCCGGCUUCAGCUGCGCCCCCUGCGGCUUCACCACCGAGGACAAGCCCACCUUCCUGGAGCACAUCGGCCAGCACCGGCGGGGCGGCUCGGAGGGCGGCGGUCUGCAGUGUCUGCAGUGCGGCGCCUGCUUCACGUCCACGUCCUCGCUGUCCCGCCACCGCUUCAUCAUCCACAAAGUCAAAGACGCGUUCAGCGACGGCCAGCAGGCCCCCGGCGUGCCUCCGUCGCCCUCUGCUGGAAACGCCAAGAACCACGACGACAGGAGCUCUGUGAACGGCUCUGAACCGGCUUCACCCCCCGGUCAAGCUGCUUUAGCCGGUCUGGGGAAGGACGAGGACGGACCGCUGGCCUGCAAGGUGUGUGGGAAACACUUUGAGAAAGCCACAGAUCUCAACACGCACUUCAGAACUCACGGGAUGGCUUUUAUCAUCGCAAGGAACGCAGGGAAGUCCACCUAGGAGGGGUGGAUGGGUUCAUAUCUGUAAGUGCCUUUUUAAUUCACGCGCGGGCCCUGCAUCUAUGCACUAAAUCAACCAAAGAUUGUUCGUUUUGAAGUUUGUGAAACAGUUUAAACGUUCCUGUUUGAGAAAAGCCUUAGCCCUCUGAUUCUCAGGAUCUGCUGCUCGCUGUCUGGGUUUGGUCAGGACACGGCGCUGAUUGAAGCUCCUCUUCACUGCGGUGACCACAUUCACGUUAAAUAUGUGCCUGUAGAAAACUGUGACGACCGUUUUAACUCAAGCCUGCUGUGUUCAGUUUCACUUAAUGUUUGAAAAUACUGAUAAAAUGUGUUUUUUUUUUUUUGUCAUUUCUAGGCUUUAGGGGAGAUUCCCUCUAAACACCUUGUUCCACGUUUCUUUUCUUUUUCUUCCUCUACCCGACAUGUUUACGUUUCACUUUGUAUUGACACAGGGUUUCCAGAGAUUUUCCAUUGGGAUAUUGUGAGUUUUCAUCUUCCAGAGUGACUCAAACUUCUAGAUUUUUUUCCAACAACAGUUUAUGUAACAUUCUGGACAUUUACGUUCAAAAUAUUUAACUUGUCAGGCUUCAUCAUCUGUAUGUUUCAUUUAUCAGGAAUAGAGGCGGUUCUGGAGUUGGCAUCUGUGGUAAAGGGCUACUUCACUUCCUGUUUUUGUUGUUUAAUUCACCUUUUAUUUCACAAUAUGUGUGUCUGUUUAUAUAUGUAACACUGUUCAGUUGUGGACCGGAUUAUUUUACACUAAAUAGACUCUUUAAAGCCGCUUCUUAUCCUUCGUCUACAAAAAUGUAAAAAAAAAAAAAAAAAAAAGAUGUUUUGAUGUAUUAUUUCAAAGCCUAAUCUGAAAAGUUCAAUGGUUAACAAAAAGGCAUUUUUGUGGUUUCUGUCAGUCAGAAGCUAAAAUGAUCAAAGAGCUUGGCCAAAAAGUUAAGUUGUGAUGCGGCAAAUCAAAGCUGGAGCAUGUCUAUGGAAAAAGUCUAUGUUUGCAUCAUUUUCAUAGGUGAAAAAUGAAGUCUGUAUAUUCAAACAUUUCUCCACGCUCAGUUUAGUUUUUACCAGACGGAAAAGGAUCCAAUCUAACAUCCGUCUUCAGAUCCUUUUUUAAAUUUUUUUUGAUCUCAGACUGAAAACUUUUGUUUCCAACUAUAAAUCCAGUGUAUAGAAAUAAAAUGUGACACAUGGGACAAAAUAUAUAUUUUUAAAUGUUCAGCCACCAUUUUUUUUUUCUUUUUUGAAAAUCAAGACUUGAGUCUAAAAGCUGUGUGCUUUGGAAAACGGUGAUAAUGUGAGCUCUAGAUCCACUAUAUUUACUCUGUGAAAACUUUCAAACCUUUUUAAUUGAAUGUAUUUUCUGUAAGAUUAACUGAUAUUUUCUACCUGAGCUGAAGAAAAAAAAAAAACGUAUUUGUUAUACGAGAAAAUGUUUCUGUAAAUCUUGCUUUAACAGAUUACUGUAAACAAAAGAAGAUAUAUUUAAUUUUUUUUGCCUAGCUUUUUUAUGCUUCUUUCAGCAAAGGGAAGCUCGCUGAACAUGUUUCCGUAUUUUGAGGCAGAUGUAAAACAUUAAAAUGAAUAAUCUACAUAAAUGAAACUGUAAUCGGUAUGACGCCACAUCAAAGCAAAGAUCGUUUCCGAGCAGAAGCCUUAACUGCUGCGGUUUCCUGAACUCAUUUAGGGUUUUCACUCAUUCAGUGGCUCAGACUGACUUUUGUAUUCAGAUCAAAAUAAACGUUUUACAUGAAAAUAAAAACCGGCUUCAAUAAUAAA